AGCGUCGACGCAGUCAAGCGUCAAGCGCAGUAUAGUCAAGUUUAAUCUGGUAUGAUUUGCGUCGUAUAGUGUUCUGUCCAAUUUUGCCUUAUUUGAGAAAGAUGGAAGCCGAUUACGAUGAUGAUCGCAGUGGUUGGGGAGAUGAGAUGAAUCGAAGCACCGACGAUUGUAGCGGGGAAGACACAUUCGAUAAUCCACAGGAGGUCCUGAACGAAUGCCUGGAUAAGUUCAAAACGCCCGAUUACAUAAUGGAGCCUGGCAUUUUCGCCCAACUUAAAAGAUACUUUCAAGCUGGAGGAAAUCCUGAACAAGUUAUAGAAUUGUUGUCCAAAAAUUACACAGCUUGCGCACAGACGGCAAACCUACUUGCGGAAUGGUUGAUCAUCGCCGGAGUAAAUGUCACUGACGUACAGGCAAUGGUGGAAAACAAUUUGAAGGGCAUGAUCCUUAAAAAUUUCGAUCCCAAGAAGGCGGACAAGAUCUUUACGGAAGAGGGUGAAACUCCCGCCUGGUUAACCGAAAUGAUACAGCAUCCCACUUGGCGAUCUCUCAUUUAUAGACUUGCGGAGGAGUACCCGGAUUGCUUAAUGUUAAACUUCACCAUCAAGCUUAUAUCCGAUGCUGGAUUCCAAGGUGAGAUUACAAGCAUUUCGACAGCGGCUCAGCAAAUCGAGGUCUUCUCGCGCGUGUUGAAGACCGCGAUUGCUGGAUUUCUUCAGAAUACAGAAAACUGGCAGUCCAGCAUACAGGAGUGCGCAAAAAUGGUGUGUCAUGGCCAACACACCUAUGUGUACAGUCAAGUCCUGUUGCAAAUUCUCGCACAAGAAUCCCGUGGUGGUUUCAUGAUGAAAAGACUUUCCCAAGAGAUCACCAAGUGCGCGCAACAAAAUCGACACGACGUCACCCCGAUAACAAUGGCUCUGAAUGGCGCUGCCAGUAGUCCUGCGGCAUGUCAGGCACUAGCAUCUAUGCUAUCAAGAAACACCUUAAAUCCCGCUGACAUCACAGUCUUAUUUAGAAAUUAUUCCACAGCGGAGCCACCUCCUAUCGAACUGUUACGCAAUCCACAAUUUUUGGAAUUACUGGUUGAUGCACUUUUUAAGCCUGGUGUAAAGAUAAAUCCUGAACAUAAAUCAAAAUAUAUAUAUUUACUAGCUUAUGCGGCAAGUGUAUGUGAGACAACCGUUAAGAAAAGCAAUACUCGCAAAAUUAAUAAGGACGAUUUGAAAACAACUAUCCAGGCGAUUGAGAAAGUGCAUAAUAUAUGUAACAUAAAUAAAGGAUCGACUGAGCUAAUAGCAGAGUUGCAAACUUUGUAUCAAUGCAUGCGAUUUCCUGUCGUAGGCGUGGGUGUAAUACGGUGGGUAGAGUGUACCGUGACUGAACCGUCAUACUUUAAAUUAUGCACAGAGCAUUGCCCUGUGCAUCUCGCUUUACUGGAUGAGGUUGUGGCUAACCAUUAUUUGUUGCAUCCAAAAGUCUUAAGAUUACUCGUGCAGUUGUUUGAAAGCAAACAAGACGAAUUAGAGAUACUUGUACAAUUAGAAAUGAAGAAGAUGUUAAUCGACAGAAUGGUGAACAUGCUAAGCAGACACUGCGUGGUGCCUGUUGUAUGCUACAUCAAGCAAUGUUGGCAACGUGGAGAUACAGAUAUAUCUUUAAUCAGAUAUUUUGUUACCGAGGUCUUAGAAUCAAUAACCCCUCCAUAUACAGCCGAGUUUGUACAAUUAUUUUUGCCGAUGGUAGAAAACGAAGAGAUUACUGGAACUAUGCGUGGAGAGAAUGAGAAUGAUCUAGUUUCGGAAUUUAUUAUACAUUGCAAGACUCACUGCCCUGUUGUAAGAUGACGGUAUAAAAAUUAACCACCGAUAGGUUAAAUUGAAGAAAAACAAUGACAGUGCGA